ACGGAAGUUACCUCCUACACGCCAAUAUCGUCAGCAGAACUCCGUGUGUAACAUUACUAUUGAAGAUGUUGUGAUUUUUUCCCCCUUCGUUCACCAACCAAUAAUUAAGCUGGCGGCGAUGAACGGUUGAGAGAGAGGUGGGCGACGGUUGCGGCUAGAAACCUGUCUGCCAAACAACAUUGGUAUACCGAUGAUUACUCUAUGGUCUUGUCUGGUUGUUUCUGCUACGUCCGUCGCAAUUGUCGUCCCUGUCUCUCUGUCACGACCGUCACCAGCAUCAUUAACAACGAGCGAAACUGGAUUCUCAGACUAGGGCCAAUGUUGAUUUCAAGCCGAUCAAAAGGAUGAAAAAGCGCCGCGAACUGGACGCCUUGGUCGGCAACGGGAAACUUCGUCGAAAAUGUCGAGGUAGUGGCCAAGAACUACUACGGCCAAACUCUGGUGGAGAUGAUGAUACUGACUCUUCUGAAACCGAAUUUACUGUUCCCACGCAAAAGGCUAUCAUUAGAAAACGGAGUCGUUCGAAUGUAUGUACCACAUGCUUGACUGUCUCCGGUUUUUUAGUCUUGGUAGCUUGUCUUGUUGCCUGUGGAACUCUGCUUUGGAUGCAUUUUGCACUACGGAAAAAUUUGGACUACUUUCAGAAAAAAUUAGAAACAGUCGAAAGAAAGAACCAGUUUACACCUGAAGAAUUUCAAAAGCUUCACACUCAAAUUCAAGAGUUGAACAAAACUCUCAAUAACUACAAAUCUGGUAAAAAUGGCCUCCAGGCGAUUCUUUAUAAUGUCACCUUACUUACAAAGGACAUUGCCACUCUCAAAGAAAAUUCAGCCAGUUUACAAAAAAGUCUUGCCAAAGCUCCUUCUCUUGAGUCAUUGCCAACUGAAGUAGAGACUAUGUCAAAGAGUCUGAGAAGCCAAGGAAGUGACUUAGCAGCACUCAAAACCCAAGUAGAGAAAGAUUUCCUGGUUGAUACUGCCAACUUUGAGAAUAUCACUGCAAGUAUGAAAGAACUGAGAGCAGAGAUUAAACAACUUCAAAUUGAGAAGGGACAUGCUGAUAACUUUACAUAUGAUUUUACCAGAUUAACUACCCAAUUCCAAGAAGAUUUGAACUCCACAGAAGUUAAACUCAAGGACCAGAUUUUACAGCUACAAAAGCAGUUCUAUAUUUUUGAAUCCCAGCUUAACGAGACAACCACAGCUGCUAAUACUACAACUACUACCACCAGCACAGACGUUACCACCUCCACUACAAAUCCUCCGACCAACAGCAUUCCUAGUAGCACAGCAAAGGCAGUCUCUAAAAAAUAGCUCAGACUCUUCUUGCUUUGAAUAUAAACCUUGUCUCUGUGAGAGAUGAUUGUUCCAUAAACAUACACCGCAGCAUCCACCAAUUGAGAAAGAGAGAUAGAGAGAGAGAGAGAAAGAAAGAGAGAGAGAAGAAAUAUGACAGUUUUGUUUUGUUGUUACAUUGUUAUAUUGUUACUUUGUCUGUUUGUAUUAUUAACUUUGGUCACCCACAGCUUCCAGACUUAUUGUGAUAAGUGAACAGUUGUAUCAGAAAUAUCACUAACAACACUUCUACUACUACUACUACUACUACUCAAACCAUUGCUUCCAGACUUAUUGUGAUAAUAAGUUAACAGAUAUCAGGACUAGCACUAACACAACCCACAUAUUCAGUUUGUAGUCCGUUUCCACCUGAGAAGGAACUUUCUAUACCAAAGCAGCAACUGUUUCUUUAGGGUCUUUUUUAUUAAACGUUUUUCUAAAAUUUUUUUUUUUCGGAAAUACUAACUUGAACUGCAGUCCAGUUUUGCUAGAUCACUCUUUCUAAUGUAAGUUUGGACACACACACCUAUUACUACUCCCCACCCCUCCUCCCCGACCAGUGUUCCAGUAUCUUCAGUUACACAGGAAGCUGUAUAUCACCAAACAGGAAGAUUUUUAAAAGCACCAUUAUUUCAUGUGUGCAUCAUUUGAUUCUGGUUGGUACCAGUAAUUAGGUAUUGCUCAUCAGUUCUAAGAUAACAAAUCUAAUACUUCUUCAUUAGGUACUAAAGUGGUGUAAAACAAAACAAACAAACAAAAGAACUUGGUACUCAUUGCCAUGACCAAUAAUAUUUUGAUAUAGAUUGCCACUAGUACUGAUUGGUAUCAACAUUGUUAUAUCAAUGAUUACUGUGUGUUUCUUGGUAGUUGUUACUACCAGUAAUUCUUUCAAACUGAAUUUCUUCAGAAAGAAUGGGAACAGAGAUUUGAAAAAAAAAAAAAAAAAUUUAUUUUGACUUUUGUUUUUUAAGCAAUAAAAUGAAAUACAACAGAUAAAGUUUUUUCUGAUAUUUAAAUUUCUCUCAACCAAAAUAAUUCAGUUGAGGGAUUUUUUUUUUGUACAUUUUUUGAUUCUAAAAUCUCAUUUUGUUAGUCAUCUUUUUGUAAUGUUUGUCUUGUGAAAUAAAAAGGAAAAUAUUGAAUGAUGUAAA